CUGAUUAUAUAAAUUGAGGACGAAAAUUGCUGAUUUUGAAUUAAAGAAAAAAAAAUGAAAUCAUCGACCAUUCUGUAUUUAGUUUUGAUACUAAACAUUCUUCUCGUAUCUGCAAAACAUCAUGGAAGGAUUAAUUGUAGGCUUGCACCCAAAAAAGGUUCAUGCAACGACAGAAUAAUGAAAUGGUAUUACAAUUCUAAGAAUAAGACAUGCGAGGCUUUCAUCUAUUCGGGAUGCGAUGGAAAUACCAACAAUUUCAGAAAUAAGCACAAUUGCUUGAAAUACUGCGUUAGAAAAAGACACGGAUGUGUAAGCAGAAAAUUAUAUACGGGAAAGAUAGAAAAAAAAAUGAAAUCAUCGACCAUUCUGUAUUUAGUUUUGAUACUAAACAUUCUUCUCGUAUCUGCAAAACAUCAUGGAAGGAUUAAUUGUAGGCUUGCACCCAAAAAAGGUUCAUGCAACGACAGAAUAAUGAAAUGGUAUUACAAUUCUAAGAAUAAGACAUGCGAGGCUUUCAUCUAUUCGGGAUGCGAUGGAAAUACCAACAAUUUCAGAAAUAAGCACAAUUGCUUGAAAUACUGCGUUAGAAAAAGACACGGAUGUGAGUAG